AAGUGUCUUCUAUGGGACACCUCAUUGGUUAGAUGACUAAAAGCAAACUAUGUUUAGCUCAUUAUAUAUAAGAAACAAUGUUUUCCGUUAACUGUAGUCAAACAUUAGGUCUGACUUUUGAUAGUAAACCGGACGCAAAUCAAACCAAUAAGUGGUUGACUUUCAAAAUGAGUGAUUACACCGAAGAUGAUAAUCACUUUGAAGACCUAUUUAAAGACAAUAUUGUGUGGACUCCAAGAGAUAUCAUUGAAUUGCAAAACUUAGAAAAGGGUUUGAAAACAGAAGUGCAACAAUUUGAACAAAACAGUCCUAACAUUGAACAACACAUACAUCACAAUAUGGAUCAACAAUUUGAUAACAAUAUGGAUCACCAAUUGGAUCAACAAAUGCAGUCAUUUUCAAAUGAUUUGACUCAACAAUACAUGUUUGCAAACAACACUGUCUUAAGCAAUACAAACUCUUCAGAAGCGAUACCAAUAAAACAAUCGACAGCAACGGUCACAAAACAAAGUCAGAGUCCGGGAACACAAUUGGAUAUAAUUAAUGUUGACUUCAACAGAAUGGCUGUCCAAAGUCCKACAUCAUCGCUAACACAACCGUGGAGUCCAUCCAAUUGUUCACAAUCAUCGRUGAGUCCAAUAAACACCAGAGUUAGGUGUGAUUCUGAACCAAUACAUCCCAAUGAGUUGCAUAACCGUUGCAACACAUCAUCGCUAAGUGACUGCGGAAGUCGUUUACCACCCUUGCCAUACAACAAGAAGAACUAUACGUCACCGCUUCCAAGUUUUGGUCAAAGCUUUACAACAAAUCAAACUAACGGCUUAUCACAGGCCAAGAGUUAUUCACAUAUUGAACAAACAAUUGGACAAUCAGACGAUGAAAUAUUUCCAAUAUGUGAUACCUGUCCUUUCAAUGUACCACCAAUACCAUCACCAUCAGUGCCAAAUACAGAGUCGGUGUCAACAACUGGUCAACAUCGAGAAAGAGGUCGACCCCGUAAUCCUAAUAGUAGACCGAGUUUGUCAGCAUCUGAGAAACGAGAGAGAGAUAAUUAUAAAGUCAAAUAUGAAGAAGCAAAGAGACAACACCUAAAACAACACGUAAGACAUCUGGAAAGUCAGAUCUCAAGACUAACCAAAUUGGCACAAAUCAAUGGCAUUCAUUUCAAGACAACUCAACAGCAGAUCAAUACACACACACCGAUAUCAAUUCAAAAUACUAACACAUGUACUGCAGUGUCAACGCCUAACCAAACCAUUACUAACAAUAACCCGAUUGUCGACACUAAUCUAAUAUCAGGUAAUUUUAGUCAAAACAUUGAAAACAAUCAAUUACUGCAAACAAAUAAUCCAAUUAAUUGCAAUAAUAUUAACAUACAAAUGAUGCCAAACGAAGGUUCAAUACAUGUAUCUAAUAGUCCUGAUUAUUAUAAUGUUAUUCAGACAUCACAGACUAACUUAGUCCAGACCUCAAUCAAUCAACAUUAUACCCAACCAUCUAAUUCCUAUAUAAACCCACAAAUGUCAGGUACAUCCACWCUACCUGUAAUGCAAAUUUCCAACCCUAUAGUCAAUCAGUCUCAAAGUUUUGUUCCCUGUGCUCAUCAAAUGGUCUCAUCAAACAUGAAUAGUACAGACAUUGGAUCAACCAAUCAAUCAGUUUCCGAUGAUUUUGAUGAUUCAUUUGAUUAUUUUGAUGAUUAA